AAAAUAAUGCACCUGGAAGAUCAAAGCUGAUAAACAUCAUGGAAUUUCAUUAAUGGUUAAAGAAAUGUCUUUAACAGAAAGUGAUGAGCUAACAGUUGCGGACGGAGGUACUAAGCCAGUAAACGUUGGAAAUGAAGAGUGGAAUUCCAGAACAUCGUCCAUUCAGAUUGUUUUAAGGAUAGGUAGUAGGUUAAAGCGGGAUACUCAGAUAGUUCCUGCCUUUGAGCUUCAAAUCGAAACUCAGCCAUUAGAGGAAUCUGUUGAUGAUCCAAAAAAAUCCGGUAUAACAACUGGUGUAAUCUUAGCUGUUGUUACACUUACACUUGUAAUUGUACUUGGAGCAGUUGGAAUUGGUUUUAGGAAGAAAAUAUUAAAGGACCGUCCACCGUAUGUGCUACCAAAUGUUUACUUUCAACCAGAUGCUCCACCAGAAUACACCCCACCUGGUUGUAUUAUACAAGAAGAUAACACCAUUUACCACAUCCCCAGGCAACCGAUGGGUGAUAAUGUAUUUGUUGAUUUACCUGCAGAAAGUAAACUCAUAAACCAAAAUUCAAGAAUGUCAGGUAAUGACUAUCAUAUUGGACUACAACCACAGUACAUGCAGACCAUUCCAAGAGCCUCAAGGCCUGAGAGUGACUACCUAGUACCAUCUGUCCCCCCUCCACCAUUGUAUGAUGAGAUUUGUCCACGAUCCAAUGAUAGCUAUGUCUACCAUUUAGGUAACAAGAACAUUCCGGACAACGAAGGAAGUCUUGAUGCAAAGCUUUUCCAGUUCCUGAAGGACAUCAACCUUCAUAAAUAUGAAAAAGUCUUCAGGAGUGAGUUUGUUGUGUUUGAUGAUGUUCCCUACAUUGAAGGCGAUGAACUGACAGACAUGGGACUGGACAAAAAAGAAGUUAAUCGUUUCCUGCGACGUGCAAAGCAGUAUGCUAAGAAAACAAAACCGAGGCCACAUUCUUCUUCUGGGAGUGAUGUUGGUGAUGUAACUGUUCCAUCCCACCUCUUAUGUCCAAUCAGUAGGCGUGUGAUGAAACAACCAGUAAUAGCGGCUGAUAAUAAUACUUACGAUUAUGAAAAUAUAAGCGAACAUCUCAAACAACAUGACAAUUCACCAGUGACUGGGGAGCCGAUGGAAAAAACAUUGAGUCCAAAUGUGGAGGUUGCUGACCAACUUCAGAAAUUCCAAAUGAAGAGAGAAGGGGAGCAGAGGCGUAAACGCCGCCAGAUGCGAAGGGAAAAAUCAGACCUCACAGAGUCAAGACCAGUGACUCCUUUGACAGAUGUACACUGCAGGUGAAUUAAAUGUGACAAAGAAUCAUCAAUUGUUUGAAUAAUAAUAAUAAUAAUUUAGGCACCCUUCCAAAACAGAUGAGAGCGCCGUACACAUUAAUAACAUAGUUAUCGAUAAACGUGUAAAAGGUAAAAGUUCAUGUUUAAAGAGCAAUGGAAUAUCAUAAAACAUUGUGCCUAACAUUACUCCAAAACAAACUUAAAUUGUUGGAAACAAAUGGGUUUUAAAUGCUAAGCUUGCAGUAGUGUUGCAGUGGUUUAAGGACAUGGUCUCUUGGAAUACCAGUCUUCGUUAAAAAACUGAAGUGAACCUACAUGAAAAAUAAAAACUGUUAUUAUUGUUUUCGAUAUUAAUCUUUUGUAUUAUAAAUUAUUAUAUAAAGAGAAAUUGUAGGUAAUCAUUUGAGAAUGAAAAAAAAUGGUAUUUAAUGUUAAAAUAUUACAUAAAUUCAUAUUAUUAUAUGACUGAAUGUAUGUACAUGAAUGAAAUGAACCUACAUAAAAUAAAAGUUAUUAUUAGUGUUUUUGUUAAUUUUAUUAUAAACCAUUAUCAAUAGCGACCACUUGCGCACGUGUUCCUUCAUGCUUAAAUAUAGUACACAGUGGCACAAGUUUAUUAUAUUGGGUUUUUUGGAAGAGCUAAUAAGAUCGAAAUAAUUUGAAUGUUCAUUUGUAUAAAAAUACAAUGUAUAAAAAAGUAGUCACGACCUUUGCCUCUUUAGUACACAUUCUUAACCAACCGUGCCAUCCAUGCAACGUGCCCUAUUAGUGGUAAUGAUAGUAAUGUACAGUCCUUGCUGAAGCCCCUAUUUAGUUUUGUAGGUGUAUGGGGCACCCUGGGGUCCAACUUUAAAAAAGGGCCAUGAACGUUUGUUGGAAAUCACCUAGUUUAUGUGUAAUUUCUGGCACGUAUGUUCAAAACUGGCGAGCUCGCUUUUAAAGUUCUGGUAACAACAACAACAACAGUGAGGUUCUAGGGUCCGUCUUGCGCGGACCCAAAAACAGAAAUGAUAGGUUAUCAGGGAAUGCAGAAAAAUAGUUUUUGCUGUUGAAAUACUAUAUAAGUUCAUAUUAGUAAUGGCUGAUGUGUGUACAUAAAUAGUAGACCCAGAUUUUCUGUUUUAAUCCAGUGAUGCCUCCAGAAAUUUAUGUACUGGGGAAAGAUUAUGUUAGGACACUUAAUAGGCAAUUUGAAACAUCAAAGGAAUAUUUUUAAAACAAAGAUCUUGUUGUGGCGUCAUACUACAGUGGUCCAUGCUUGUCCAAUGGGGGGAAAUUGCUUUCGACUGAACCCCAUGGAUACCGUCACUGAUAUUCAUUAGUAUAGUCGAAACCCCCCCUCCCUGCCCCCUAAAAUUAGAUCAUUUAUAUACUGUAAUAGCUUCCAACAGAGAUUAUUUAAACAAGUUAAUACUGAUCAACAAGCUUAUUUACUACUGUACAAAUGUCUUUAAAUGAUUACUGAUAUAUUUAUACACAGAAAUUGAUUCAAAAUGUGUGAACUGAUUCUUAUAAAAUUUUGUGACAAAAAGAUGAACGCUGAUUAUUAUCAAUUUUCCUUUAGAGCAAAUCAUUCCAGAGACACAUGUAUAUGUGUUUUUUAAACAGAUAGUUGAUUACUAUAAUCCUAACGGUAGUCCUAUAUAUUCAUGUUUCCUUGAUGUGCAAGCAAGGCUUUCGAUCGAGUAAAUCACUGGUCAUUGUAGAUAAGUUGCUCACUGCUCAAAAAAUGUUGACUUGCUGUGUUAAUACUGUAUGUACUGCUCAUCCCUUUGGUCGAAGAAAAAAAGAUUUUCAUCGUCUAAAGGUCUGUAAUGAUUGUUUUUGUAUGAUGCAUAAACAGCCCGUGUACGAGUGCUAGCUGAUUAUUUGUGGAAAAUGGCUUGCCUAGUUUCAAUGAGUUUGAGAAAGUCGGUUUUUAAUUUCAUGAAUAGGUUUCAGACAAGUAAUAAUAGGCUAAUUCAAUGUGUUAGAGAGUAUAUGCUAAACGAAUCAAAACUGUGCAAAGCCUGGAGAGAAAUGUUAUUUUAGGUACUGUGUAUACAGUAAUUGUAAUGUACAGCAUGAUCUGCCAGUGUAUUUGAUACAGAAUCUUUCGUUUGUGUUUAAUUUCAUAUUUCUAUGGGCGACAGUCUGAAAUAAGUUGAAAUAUUUAACAUGUGCUGCAAUUCCUAAUACAAAAAUUAUAUUAUAAACAUAAUAUUGAGCAUACUGUCCGCUUUUGUCAAACAGGUCACACAUUAAGGUGUAAAUGUUUAUCUGUUCUUAGAUUUUGAGUGCUAAAAUGUUUAGUAUGCAAUUUUGCACUAUAAAUGCCAUACAUUUGAUCACUAAA